AUGACAGUCACCACCAGUUCCGACCCCUCAGGCAACCCGCCAUACCAGCGUGAGCGUCACAUCGCUGAAUUAGCUGUGCAACGCGCUUCCCUCCUCACGCGCCGCGUCCUCGCCGGAAUUCUCAACUCAUCAUCAUCAUCAUCAUCAACAACUUCAUCAUCCGGCACUUCAACACCAUCAAAGCUCAACCCUCAUGCUGCGCACCCCGACCGCCGCGUAAGCGUAGCCUCUAUCUCCAAGCCCGACUUCUCGCCCGUGACCGCCGCCGACUUCGCCGUGCAAGCGCUCCUCACCGCCGCCAUCCGCUCGCACUUUCCUCACGACGGGUUCAUCGGUGAAGAGGACGCCGACGCUUUGCGCGAGGAUCCGGUUCUGGCGAGGCAGGUUUUUGAGUUGGUUCAGUCAUGCGCUUCUUCACAAGAUGAACUUGACAGUGAUGAAGCACUACUGGCGCUCCCCAAAACGGUUUCUGAGAUGCUAUCCCUCAUCGACCUCGGCGGGCGGGGACAAGGCUCGCCCACGUCUCGAUUUUGGGCCAUGGAUCCCAUCGACGGCACGGCGGCGUUCAUGCGCGGACAGCAAUAUGCUGUUUCGCUGUGCCUGAUCGAAGGCGGGAAGGAGGUAGUUGGGGUAUUGGGUUGUCCCAAUUUAGCUAUCACUCUGCCGCCUUCUUCUUCUUCCACGACGUCCAACUCCAAAUCCAUACCCAACACAAACACGUACAUAAUCUCCGAGGGCUCAACACCUUCUUCUUCUUUAGACCAAACAGACCGAACCGAACCUGGGCAAGCAACAACAACAACAAACGGCAUCCUCCUCAGCGCCGUGCGCUCCCAAGGCGCCACUAUCCGCCCCAUCAUCUCCUCCCAAAACCAAUCCCCCUCACAGCUCCUCCCACCAACGCCCCUAGCCAAACCAUCCUCCCAACGGCCCAUAGAAACCGAGAAACUGCACUUCAUAGACUCCCUAACCACGCCCGCUACUUCCUCCUCCCUCGUCGCGCGCGUCGCCACCUUGGCGGGCGUGCCAAAUUACUCCUUCCCCGGCACCGAGCUGUACUCGUCGCACAUGCGCUACGUGGCCAUGAUCUUGGGAGGCAGAUCGCACGUGCAGGUGCGGAUCCCCAAGCCGAUGACCAAGCAGACGUAUAUCUGGGAUCACGCGGGGGCGCAGCUGAUUUACGUUGAGGCGACUGGUGGAAAGGGGAAGGUGACGGAUUUGUGGGGACGGCAGAUUGAUUAUGGACGGGGAAGGGUUCUAAAUGGGAAUUGGGGGGUGGUUACGGCGGAUGAGGAGGUGCACUCGAGGUUGUUAGAGAUUGUGGGUGGGAUUAUCGGGUGA